AGUCCAUUUAAACAACGUGGUCAGCAUCCAAUGUCGAACACUUAAUGAGCUAUUGACUUUGGGGAUUUAUUUACAGCUACAUUACCAAAUACGGUAGCUCGUUAAGAGGAAGCUUUUCUAUUCCUUUCACAACCACUUGAACACUUUUAAAGGAGGACCUGAACCUUCGUAGAAAUACUUAAUCCAAGGAUUUCUGAAGCGUGAAUGCAGCUGCAAUUUGUUUCACCAAUCCCGUUGCUUUUAGUUCCACGAUUUAAUUGGCGCAACCUAUAAGUGUUUUUGCUGUAGUACGUUAUAUAUUGACGUUCACUUGGAAGCAGAAGCGAUCUGAAACAACAACACAACAGUCAGGACCGUUUCAUAUUCUAGCUAAUAUGUUAUUUUAUGCUUAACCUAGUUUGUGCACUUCAUACAGAAUAACCUUUCGUUGAAAUUAAAGGAAUACUUAUUCUUAAUAAAUCUCACAAGAAAUGGCAUCUCACUUUGGUGUAGUGCAACCGAUUUUCACGGAUUUCUAUGAAUUAACAAUGUCAUAUGCUUAUUGGAAAGCUGAAAAAGCCAAUGAUACUGCAACUUUUGAAAUAUUUUUUCGUAAAAAUCCUUUCAAUGGAGAGUUCACUAUUUUUGCUGGUCUUCAAGAUUGCAUUGAUUAUUUAAGUUCGUUUAAGUUCACUCAAGAUGAUAUUGAUUAUUUGCGAAAAGUUAUGCCAUCAACUGUUGAUCCUGAUUUCUUUGAUUAUUUGCUUAGUAUUGAUACAAAGAGAUUAUCGUUAUGGUCUGUUAAAGAAUGUUCAGUUGUUUUUCCAAAAGUUCCUAUUAUGCGAGUUGAAGGACCAGUAGUAUUAUGUCAACUUGUAGAAUCAACAUUAUUGAAUUUGGUUAAUUAUGCAAGCCUAGUGACUACGAAUGCUACCCGUUACCGUUUGGCUUGUGGUCCAAGUAAAAGAUUAUAUGAAUUUGGUUUACGUCGUGCUCAAGGACCAGAUGGUGCACUCUCAGCUUCAAAGUAUGCAUAUUUAGGAGGUUAUGAUGGAACUAGUAAUGUUUUAUCUGGGAAAAUAUAUGGAAUUCCAGUUGUUGGGACACAUGCACAUUCAUUCGUGUCAGCUUUUCAAUCUUCCCAUGAAGGGGAAUGUAUAAAUGAUUUCGGAAAAUUCAAGAGAGAAGCCGCCGAUUUAAAUAACUCAUAUGAUGAUCACCUUUUAGAUUUAAACCGUCAACCAUUGAAAUUGGAUGAAUUUUUGAAACGCUGUUGGUAUUGGUCCGCUAGUUUAUCUCGUGUAUUAAAAUACCAAUCAGAUCAAAUACAUCCAGGUGAAUUAAAUGCGUUUGCCAAUUAUGCUGUUGCAUUUCCGACGAAAUUUCUUGGCUUACUUGAUACAUAUGAUGUCUUAAAAUCAGGUUUACCAAAUUUUUGUGCAGUUGCAUUAGCUCUUCAUGAAUUUGGCUAUCAAGCCAUUGGUAUACGUAUUGAUAGCGGUGAUAUAGCCUACUUGUCAUUGACAAUUCGUAAUGCGUUUCAGCUAAUCAGUUCACAUUAUAAUUUACCUUGGUUUGCACACCUUCAAAUACUUGCCAGCAAUGAUUUAAACGAAGAUACAUUACAUUCUUUUAAUCAACAAGAUCAUUCAAUUGAUACAUUUUGUGUUGGAACAAAUUUAGUCACCUGUCAAAAACAACCAGCCUUAGGAUGUGUAUAUAAACUUGUUGAAAUUAAUGGAAAUCCAACAAUGAAACUUAGUGCUGAUUUUGAAAAGCUUACUUUACCAGGAAAAAAAGUAGUUUAUCGUUUAUACAGUCAGCAAGGUGAAGCUUUACUGGAUUUAAUGAAACGUUCGUAUGAAGAUGCUCCAAAAGUUAAUGAACGUAUUCUUUGUAGGCAUCCAACUCAAGCAUCGAAACGUGUUUUCGUUGUACCUGGAAGAGUUAAACAAUUACUCAAGUUAUAUUGGAAUUGUGGAAAAGUAAUUUAAAAUCAUUUAAUUAUCUUUAAUUAAUUAUUACCACUACUGUUUUUGGUAAGAGUAUAAUAUACUGACGACCUUGGGGGAUUUAUCAGGAAAUGGUGCUUUAUUAUAAAACAAUUAACAAUACAAAAUAAUGAAAUAACAGUGUUAUAACAGCUUUGGUCGUAAUAAUUAACAUUCACAAGUCAAACUAUCCCUUGUGGUAAACAAAAAGGUUAGUUAAACCAUUGCCAACAUUGGAUGAAUCUAGAGAAUACGCUAUGAAAGAAUUAAACACUCUAAGAUCAGAUUAUAAACGUAUAACCAAACCAACACAAUAUAAAGUUUCAGUUUCAGAUGAAUUGUAUCAAUUCACUCAGGAAUUAUGGCUUAGUAUUACACCAAUCGGUGAAAUUAGUUAGUAACUUUAUUCAAUUUCUUAUUACUACUGUUAUAAGUAGUUUAUUUUUCUUUAUAUCCACCUUUCACAUCUACCUAAUUGAUUUGCCUGUAAUCAUUUACUUAUUACUUAUUUUCUUCUUAUUAGUAGUAUUCUGAUCAUUAUUUUAUUUAAAUUCCUCUUUAGAAUACAAAUAGAUUGCUUUCAGUAUGUUUUCUGUGAUACGUUUGAAAGAUACACUCAAAACAACAUAUCUAUAUAUUUUUUGAUAACAUUUUCUCCCACCAAAUAUUUCUUAUGUAUAGAUUAUGAAUACAAAUAAAGUUUUUGUUUUGUUUGCAAAGAAUAUUCAAUUUAAUUGCCACUUUGUUGUUGUCCAAUUCUUUGUGGUAAUAGACAACAUAAACUAUGCUAUGAAAUAAUGGAGAAUAUUUUUCAAUUCAGGUGGAUACUUGUGGUAGUGUUGAAUUCUUCCAACUAGAUGUUUUAAUUUCAUAGUUUUCAUUUUCGCUCUGGACAACACAUUAUCAGCGCUUAUUAUAUAAGAUUAUCCGGAGCGACAAUGAUUGCUUCACAACUAUGUCAUCGAGCUCAGAGAACACAAUACCAAAACUACUCAUAUAGACCAGGAUUACUGAAAGUAAAGUUUACAAAUCUGUUCUCAGUUUUCAACCAACCACAAAAUUUGUUCUAAAGACGGUGAAUAUGAAUUAUGACGAUAUAUGAAUAUUUUUAAAUUGAUAUUAUAUGGAUAACCUAGUCAUUUGAUUUAAAGCAUCUGAUAUUCAGUUAUUUAAUAAUAGAUUCAAACCACUCUCCAAUAACACUUCAGUUCAGUUAAUAUCACUAGCUCUCAUAUAGAUAAUAUUAGUCAAAGUACAUGUACUUGGUUAGUAAGUAAUUGCGUCAAUAAACCCCUAUGAAGUAUUGUAUUCUCGUCCUCUCAAAUUGGUUACUGGGAAUAAGAAUUAUCUCUUCAGUAUUUCUCUUGAUUUUAAUUCCAAACAAAAUGUUUAUAUCUCAUUUAAAAUGAUGAUGAUUUGUUGAAUUUUUCUUGUCGAUUUUUAAAAUCU